AUGACGAACCGUAUGCUCGUCGCUUCGGAGUUUGAAGGACCGGGCGACCGCGAGAGCGUCUUCUGGAUCGCUGCAACGCGUGCGCCGGCGAAACGCCCAGAGAUCGGACUCCGUCUCUAUCCCGAUGUUGUGCGCGUCCCCCGUCUCCUCCACGUUCUCCACGUCGCCGCCAAACAGCAGAGACGCUACAGGCUGAGUCCGCAUCGACUGCAGAGAAGGGGCAGCUCAGAAGUUGAAGACUGCAGCGGCGAGGAAGCGAUCGAUGCAGCAAGUCGCGAGCGAGGAGACAGUGAGACUCCAGAGGGACAGCCCGCAGCACAACCAGCGUCAGAGGAGGAUGAACGCCGCCUUGAUAAAGUCGAAUCGCUGGCUUUUGAAGCCUGUCGCUCGCUGCUUGAGGCGAGCCUCCGGCAGAAGAACGCGGCCGCACAUGAACAGGCUGGACGCCUGUGGGCAGCGGAAAGCGCGGAGGCGGCCUCUGCGCACGAGGCCGGGGAAGCCGGUCUGCUUUCGCUGCAAGUUCAAAUGAAGCGAGAGGAAGCCAUUCGCCGACUUUACAGCGAGACCUUCGUCGUCGCCUGCAGAGAAAGCAUGGCGCAGAUGCGCGAACGCCUCAUUCGGACGCUGAUCGAGACGCGAGAGCUGGGGCCCGUGCGCCGUCGAACGCUGCGGGAGGUGGUGGACUUUCUCAUGACGCAAGGAGACUUCCAGGAGGCCCUGCAGCUUCUUGAAGGCAGUCGAAGAGACUUUGACGAAUUUCCGCGCGAUCUCGAGGCGAAUACCGUUUCCCUUUGUGUCCAGUACGCGAGCCUCGGGGCCACGUGCGCGCUGCUUUCUCUCGGCUCGGACUCCCCCGCCGUCCUUCCCUCCCUUCUUCGCUGGACGAAUCUUCUCGACUCGACUGUCAGCCUCGCCGUCCAGCGACAGCGCGCCUGCAGCGGCAGCCCCCAACCCGCGUCGACUCCGCCCCGCGCGGCUGGCGAAGGCAUGGGGGGGGCGCGGGACGGCGCGGCGCAUGGUGCGUUCGAGGUAACGUCUCGGCGCACACGCGGUCGACAGUUCGAUGGAGAUAGGUCGAGCUCGGAUGGGCGAGGUGGAGAAGAGACCGAGUCCGAUCGCGGGAGCUUCGCGGCAGACGUGGUGGGGCCGCUCGCCGUUUACGCCGCUAUCGUCAAUGUCGUGAAGGGGGUCUACCGGCUCCGGUCUGGAGACUUCAGGGCAGCUGCUGAGGCCCUGCGGAGAGUCAGCGCCAGAUUGUAUUCUCGCGCGUUCGACGCGGCUUUGGCGGAGGAUGAGCCUUUCUCGAACGGGGGCCUUCAAACCGAGUUUGCCGCAUCGGGGGAGACCGUGGACCGCGCGGAGAAAACCUUUUCAAACGCAUUCUCUGUGGAGACAGAGGGCCGUGGUGGACUGACAGAGCCGGGCGGGGAAUCCGUUGAGGCCUUUGGUGCAAAAACUCCAAGCCGAAGUGCCUCUGUUCUCGGCGUAUGCACGCCCGAAGAUGUCGCGCUCUACACCAUGCUUUGCUGCUUGGCCUCGUACAGCCGAGACCAACUUCAGGAGCAACUGAGCGAAGCGGCGCCGCUGCGGAGCCUCCUGGCGCUCAACCCAGUUGCACUUCGAGCGGCCCUCUCAUUUUCCCUGUCCGAGUUCGAAAAGGCGCUGAAUAUCAUACAAGACUUGAAGGAAGCUCUCGAAUGCGACCUUCUUCUUGGGGAAGAGGCCACUGGGCGGUUAAUCCAAGAAAUCCGACGGAACGCGGUUCGCCAGUUCGCGUGCGCGUACCGGUCGCUCACUCUCUCAACGCUUCGCGAGGCCUUUCCUCGAGAAGUGGCUUCGACUCUGCGUGAAGACAUCGUCACUCUGAUUGAACGGCGCGGGCUCCCUUUUCGCUACGAUCGAAAGAGAGAUGUUCUUUGGCGGAAUGAGCGGCACGGCAUCGCAGACGCAGUCGAGGAGGCCAAACAGAGAGUGGAGGACCUAUCACACAGCUGCCAACGACUCUGUCUGAACGUAUCUGUCGCGGACGUUUUCGGCGCGUCAGCAGACUAUGCAAGUCUGAGUGACUCUCGUGCUUUGUCGAGGCGGGUGGAGGAUGCGGAGCGAGGCCGAGAAGAUCCACGACCUUGCGGAAGAGGGAGUGGAGUGGGGCCGUCGCGCCCAGGAAUCCGAGUGACUCAACGACGAACACGCGGGCGGCACAGUGGCUGCUAG